UGUGAUGGCAGCGAAGCGUGAAGAAGCCAGAAAGCCGAGGCUAGGUAUGGAGAAGCUGAAGGAUCACCCUGAUCCGUCGGAUAAGUCGAAGAAAGUCUUGUAUUUUUGUUUCAGCGAGUAUUGUCUAGGCACUGGUAAUGUUUACUAUAUACACGCCUUUGAUUUGUAGAAAAAUUGCCAUGUACUUCCAUUGGCAGAAUCCAUUGAAGUGGGUAGAACAAUGGGGUGUGCUCCUGUAAUUAUGGGUUCUGGUGUCCACGGCUCCAAGAUCAUUUUGGCAGGUGGCAUUAGACCGAUAUUCGAUGGAUUAGCCAAUUUCAUACCAAAUCCGUGUCGCAGAGUUCUUGAGUUUGACACUGCGAUUAUGAAGUCACAUAUUCCCCUUAGCAUACAGCGCCAUGGUGACCUUCAACACGGGAAGACUAAUCCCCACGUGGUAGAGCACAGGGAAAAUUUAUAUGUUCUCUCCGUGUUAACAGGUGAGGGGUUCGAGAUGUUCGACCCAAAAUAUGACAAAUGGGUGACUUUGCCCGAGCCUCCAUUUUUCCACAGACGCUACCGUGGACACCACACCGAUAGUGUUGUUGUAGGCAGUAAUAUCUUUGUGUCAUGUUUGUCUAGUAUCUACCGCUUUGACAUGGCUGACAGCCGCCAAAUAUGGAAAGAGCACUCUUUUACCAACUGCACUGCAUUGCCAUACGGAUGGGAUGAGAAAAGUUUAGCCCUGGAAAUGAGUGACGGGGAUUGGUUGAUUUUCACAUGUUUCCUAGAAUUGAGUUAUGACCCUCAUGAAAUCAAAGACAACCCUUGCUGCGACGAUUACGACUGCAACAACUCAAACGUGGAUUUUUAUCCUCCUUAUCGUCAUCAGCUUGCGCCUGAUCGUCAUUUUGAAUGGCAUGGUACAUCUUUGCCUGCCUAUAUCAUGUCAAAGGAUUUUACAUCACUCACACCUAUUCAACCUCUGCGCUUGCCCGAUGAUCUGUUACCUACUCAACCAGGCUGUGAAAGGUUGCGUGAUCUGUAUAUGGCUAAACCCCGUGAAAUAGAUUAUAGGAUCGUCCAUCUAGGAGGUCAAGAGAUAUGUCUGGUAUUGUCUAUUGACACUGGAUUUGAGCCCAACGGCCGAGUUUUGAGGAAGAUGCCGAUUUUUGUGGCAAGUUUCGAAUUUCAACUUUCAGACAGUAAAGACGUGUUAACCAUCAAAACGGGGUCUUCUAGUGUUCAGUGUUUUCUACUUGGUGCCCACUCAAGUGCAACUAAAUUAUCCAUGUGUGGUGCCUUUUGGCUGUAAACGUCAGCACUCCUCUCAAAUGGUGCAGUCUCAAAUGGCGUAUGAAAGUUUUGAUAAUGACUCUGUUUGAUGAAUGUGAAACUUUAUUUGCUUUUUAUGGAGAAUGUAAUAUUCUAAGAAUACUCUGAUCUUUUACCUUGUUUUUUCAUUAAAUUGACUUUGGUGUAUUACUUUCAUUCUUAUGACUGAGUGCUUGAAUGGUCACCUUGAACUUAAACCUAUAUUAUACAGAAACUCUUGCAGUUUGAGUCCUGAGGAAAUACCAGUUAUUUAGUGUUCUAUGUUAUGCAUGUAUUUGACUCUUAAUAGUCUCGCUCAAUAUCAUUAUCAGGUGAGUGGGUGUUCCAUAUUGCUGAUGCUUUUUUGCAGGCUCUGGACACCAUUAACGACGUCAAAUCUCCAGCAUACUAUUAUACAUGUUAUUUUAUAACGUUGACCAGUUUGGCCUUGUUAUAAAAUGUUUGCAAUGCUUUAGCACACCUACUUUUAAAUGUUUGCAAUGCUUUGAUUUUCCUUUCUAUUUAAUUGUAAAUGAGAACCAUUUUCUAUAGAUGCUGUGGAAAGAUCAGGUUUCUUUCAUGGUUUAUGAAGAAAAGAAAAAAGAAUUUGCAGUGAUCGACAAUUCAAUUUGAGGUCAAAAUGACAUCAUUCAGAAUGUAGUCUUGAGAAGGUGAAAUUGGUAACUAGAAUGUCUAUGAUCACUUCAAGGGUUUCCUAUCAUGGGAACACCAAAAUGCCAUUGUUAAAAAUCUAUUGUUUGGUUCAGAUGUUAUCAUCACAGGUACUCAACCUUAGUGCUGGCUGUUGAAAAUUGCACCAUGACACCUGAUUUCAUUCUUUUUGAAUAACAAUCUUACUAACCCUCCCUUCCUUUUUCAAGCCCAUCUCUCUCGCAUAUAGACGAAGAUGCAAAGGAACAGAGAAGGUCACAAUUUACUUACAUCACGAACCUCCAGAAUAUCACUAGUAAAAGCCUUUGAUUAGUUUGGUGAAAAGGAGAUGGGACAUAGGUCACCAAUAUUGCUGGAGGCGGUAUCCGUUGGAAGGUAUUUUACACUCACAUAUUUAUUGCAUGCACUUUGAAGUUUCAACUGUUUAGGUGUCAUGGGCUUUCACAGCAGUUGAACUUAGAAAGAAAUUACAUGGAAAUAACUUUACUCUAGAUACCGUUGAGGCAGUGAUAAAUGACUUCAUUAGCAGCCUGAUUUAAGAAAGAGUAGCUGUGUUGAUAUUGCACUAGGCACUUUUCAGCAAGGGAGUGAGUAAACUUGAUGCUGAGAAUGCAAUUAAAUUGGUUUUUGAGGAGGGAGAAUCAGAUAAUGAUCAGAAGUUAGUUCAUGGCCUGUCAAAGCUCUCAAUGGAUAAUUUACUUGUUCAGGCCUCAAAGCAGUGGCUUCGAGGUCAAGAAGUGCCUAAAGAGACAAGGAAAUCAAGGAUUGUUCAUUGGCUUCAGUAUCGUGGAUUCAGCUGGGAUGUUAUUGGCUUCGUAUUAAAGAAGUUAGAAUCUCAGUACCCACCCUAGUCCAUAACCAUCAACUGAAAUGUUGUGUAGUAAGGACAGGGUUUGGGUCUAUAAUGUCGCUGCUGUGGCUAGAAAAUUACUCACUUUAGCCCUUACCAGUACCGGACAUAAUGUUGCGUUAACCUACCAUGCCACCACCUAGUUUUAGGUGGGGCGAAGUCUACUUUAAUGGCAACAUAGCUAGAAGACGAGCAAGAAGUGGCACUAUUUGGCUGUUUUUGAUAGGAAACACCAUUUUGUGUCCGAAAAUUGAAACUCUUUUGUAUUCAUGUAUUGUUUAUAUUUACCUCAAUGAAAUUUUGUUGUUUGUGUUGCUGUA